UUUAUUAGUGAUGGGAGGCCAUCACUUUUGCCAUGGCCCGAUGUUUUGCCACUGGAAUCCAUGUGUUUUCUCCUAAUUGAGAUGACUUAGUGCAAUGUUUGCUGGCUAAUCUUGAGUUUGGCACUGUUUGAUGGCUCCAAGAACAGUCUUUAGCAAUCAAUUCGACUGUACUGAUCAUUGUUGAGAGUUCUGUAAACUGAAUUCGGAUUCAAUUGUCGCUUAGAAGUUAAUCUCAGCAGCAGAAUUCACUGUCUGAGAGGAUUGGCACUCAGAAGAAGAACAUGGAUUCCCCUGGGAACCCACCACCUACUUGAUUCUAACACAGUUUUAUUCAUCUCGGAAUUCCAGAAGCCAAAGCAAAGGAUUGUCUUUAUCUUUUUGUUCUUUGAACUGCUGCUUCCUUUUGCUACGUGCAUUUCCCUGUUUGGGUUAGCCUUGGAUUUGGUCCGAAGAUCGCCUAGAAAAGGAAGGACGCAAGGCACAAUUUGUGCACUUUAUUCUCUCGCUCGCUUGCUCGCUCGCAAAUGGAUGCUUUCUUUGCUGCGUUGUGAGAUGGGUUGAAGGUUUUCAGCUUGAAGACGAGAGAGUGUCGUCCCGUUCAUGCUUCUGCUGUUGCUGUUGCUGUUGCCUUCUCUUCCGCUCGUAUUUCUGCUGCUGCUGCUGCUGUUUUGGCCCUUUAGCCUGCAUUGUUCCAUCGCCUUCCUCGUCGGAUUUUGAGCUUAUUUAACUUGGCCUUGGAUCGAACCCCAGAUUCUGGAUUGCUUUGCUUCAGGCUCACGGUUUUAGAUCCCAAACCUUGUGAAGAAGGGUCAAAAGUUCCCUUUGUUUCCCUUCUGAUUUGAGUAGCCGACUGUGUUAAUAAUGUAGUACGUUCGGAAGAUCAUAGCACGGCUCCUUGUUCUAAGCUUAUCCAUAGCUUUGUCCUCUUCCUCCUUACAAGUUACUAGUGCUUCUCCCUCUUUCGCCCUGUGCCUUUUCAGCAGCAGAGACAGUGAAGGAAUUUUUUUUCUGGGGAGUUUGUUUGCCUUAUUUUGCUUCUACGAGAUUCAGAUUGCUGCAGAUCCUUGGGGAAGUGUUUGGGGAGCUAACUCACCAUAGCUGUAUGAAGGAGUGCUGCAACGAUGAGAGAUUAUGAUUCAAAGAAAAGCAAGCUGUCAUGGUCUAAGGCCUUCGUCAAAAAAUGGUUCAGCAUCAAAAGCAAAGGUCAGGAGAGCCAUGUCGACGAGAUUGAUAGCAAAGGUAGUAGUCAAUGGAAGGCCGACAUUUCGGAGAGGGAAGCAUGUAUACUCAAGAAAAGUAGAACAGAUAGAGUACUGCAAGAGAUCGAUCAAGUUCAGAAAGGAAAUUUUGAUCCACAUUCAGCUCAAAUAACAGAUAUUCAGGAUUACAAGAUUUUCGCUGCAACUUGGAAUGUGGGUGGGAGAUCCCCACCAAAGAACUUGAAUCUCUUGGAUUGGAUUCAUGCAUCUUCUCCUGCCGAUAUAUAUGUUUUAGGGUUUCAAGAGAUUGUUCCACUCAAUGCUGGAAAUGUGCUUGGAUCAGAAGAUGAUGGCCCGGCUAAGAAGUGGUUGUGGCUUAUUAGAAAGGCUCUCAACAGUCCCGACACAUGUGGCUCUGAUAGCUUCCACACACCCUCUCCUGUUCCAGAUCCUAUCUUGGAAUUAAAUGCUGAUUUUGAGAGGUCAUCAGCAAGGCAGAAGAAUUCAGCAUUCCUCCACCGGCGUUCCUUCCAUUCUCUCAGCCGUAGCAUGAGGAUGGAAGGGGAUACCAUGUUUCCUCACCCUGUGCUGGAUCACCGAUUCAGUGUUUGUGAAAGAGUUAGUGUUGGGAGCAGGCCAAGUGAUUUUGAUCCUAGUCCAAGGGGUGAAGGCCCCGAAGGAUCAUCUGAUGGUGAAAACAUCGGCGAGGAAUCACCUUCUGAGCUCUUUGUUUCACCAUUUUACGGUUAUGGUGCUCCUCUUGAUCCUGAAGAAAGAUAUAGGUUAUCUGUAAAUUCCGGUCUCAGGUACUGUUUGGUUGCGAGUAAGCAAAUGGUUGGAGUAUUUCUUACAAUUUGGGUACGCAACGAUAUUAGAGACGAUGUCAGAGAAUUGAAGGUUUCGUGCGUUGGUCGGGGGUUGAUGGGUUAUCUUGGAAACAAAGAGUACUUCUUACAGGGUUCUAUAUCGAUAAGCAUGUCUUUGCACAAAACAAGCUUCUGCUUCAUCUGUAGUCACUUGACUUCUGGGCAGAAAGAGGGAGAUGAAUUACGCCGAAAUUCAGAUGUCAUGGAGAUUUUGAAGAAGACUAGGUUUCCCAAGGUCCAGAGAGGUGAUAAUGAAAAGUCACUCGAAACAAUUUUUGAUCAUGAUCGCAUAAUAUGGCUUGGGGAUUUGAAUUACCGCAUUGCUCUUUCUUAUCGGUCAGUGAAGGCUCUAGUUGAAAUGCGAAACUGGAGAGCAUUACUGGAAAAAGAUCAGCUCCUAAUAGAACAACGGUAUGGCCGCGUGUUCAAGGGUUGGAAAGAAGGAAGAAUUUAUUUUCCUCCAACUUAUAAAUACUCAAACAACUCAGAUCGAUAUGCCGGAGACGAAACAAACCCAAAGAAGAAGCAGCGAACGCCCGCAUGGUGUGACCGUGUAUUAUGGUUUGGAAGAGGUCUUAAUCAGUUGGCUUAUGUCCGAGGAGAGUCCAGGUUCUCCGACCACAGACCUGUUUUCAGCAUUUUCACCGCAGAGGUCGAAAUGAACAACUAUAGUUGUAGCAAAAACAUGGGUUUCUGUAGUUCUCGUGUCGAGUUGGAAGAACUUUUAGCAUACUCACAAGGUUAUAGAGGAGUAAACUAGUACUUAAAUGUGUCAACGAUCCAUUCAUAAAUUCAGACUUGCAGUAACAUUGGAUAAAUGAUCUGAUAUCAAGCGGCAAGCAAGUUCUUCUGAUCAAGCAAAUAGCUGGAGGGCAUUGUAAUUUUGAUGCUGACCAGAUUGUUGCCAAAGAAGCUUCAGAAUUUGAACCCUUAAAAAACACACAAACAUCUAUUUAACCAGUUUUUUUUUUUUUUUGUUACUCAAAACACAAGCAUCCUCACCAUCAGUGGAACAAGAGUGAUCCUGCAAUAAAAUCGACUCUCAACACUCCAAGAAGAGAAGAGAAGAGAAAUGGUUCCAUCAACAAGCUACAAAGUGGAUGGACAUUUUCUGCAGAGUGAGAAGUAAAAUACACUCUGAAUUCAUUCAUACUCAUUACAGUGAUGCAGAGAAGCAAUUGUGUUGUUCAGAGAGCAUGAUGCCUGUUGUCUGCUGAGCAAAAAGCUUGUGCCACUCCUGUGAUGGAUCAGAGUUUUGUGUCCUGAGCAUAUUUUACAUCUUAAUUUAUAUAAAAGGAAUUGUAGAGGACAAAAGACUGGCAGCCAGAGGAGGAACAUGAAUGAUGAUGCAUUCUUGGGGAUUAAGCAUUGUCAGAAGGAUCAAAGUAUCAUUAUAUUAAUUUCAUGCACAAUAAAUUAUGCUUGGAAUUUAUGCAUUUA